AGCGGAAGUGUCCGCCGCUUACUGGGGCCACCCGCGGCUCUAGCAUGGUGGGGGGCGGCGGUAGUGGGGGCGGCUUGGGGGGUGGCCUACUGGAGAACGCUAACCCUCUCAUCUAUGAGCGUUCUGGGGAGCGACCAGUGACCGCGGGCGAGGAGGAUGAGGACGUCCCCGACAGCAUUGACGCGCGCGAGAUCUUUGAUCUGAUUCGUUCCAUCAAUGACCCGGAGCAUCCACUGACGCUGGAAGAAUUGAACGUAGUAGAGCAAGUACGAGUUCAGGUGAGCGACCCUGAGAGCACUGUGGCCGUUGCCUUCACACCUACCAUCCCACAUUGCAGCAUGGCCACCCUUAUUGGCCUGUCCAUCAAAGUCAAGCUUCUGCGAUCCCUUCCCCAGCGUUUCAAGAUGGAUGUGCACAUUACACCAGGGACACAUGCCUCGGAACAUGCAGUGAACAAACAGCUUGCAGAUAAAGAGCGGGUAGCGGCUGCCUUGGAAAACACCCAUCUGCUGGAGGUGGUGAACCAGUGCUUGUCAUCUCGAUCCUGAGUUUGCUUAUUAGCUCCCAGUUCCACCCAGGGCCCAUUGUCUUGUUUUCUCAAAUCACUGGCUAUGAGAAACUAACAUAUCACAUUUUUUGUAAUAAACCUUUAAUUUAUAUUCAU